AACCUGGUACAAUAACGUUAUGAAAGUCUUGUGCCAAGGUCGACUGAGUAGUUUAAGUUAAAGGAAUGUGUUAUUUUUACUAUUCAGUUUGGGAACAGACUUAGUAUUGGGACAUAUUAGUAGCCCCGGGGAAUAGCUUGAUGGAGAAAUAAACUUCACCACUGACGAGUAGCAGACUUUAGGUGAUCGGAUACAAGGUAGUCUUCAAAAUAAAUGAAACAAUAUAGAGCAGCUGUGUCACAUGGAAACCUGAACAAAUAAAAGCAUUAAUGGGACAAUAAAUUCAUUCACGAGGGGUCCGUGAAGGCAGCAGGAAAGGAGGGGCGGGGACGUCAAUCAUUGCUCCAGCCGCGCGUGGAACCGUCACACUUGUUGUUUGCGUCUCAUCCACAUCCACGCGAGACCAUUUCCCCCCCACACCCACACCCACACCACCACCGAGUCCUCCCGGUUCCUGUGGCCGGAGUUGGAGGCACCAUGUCCGGCCGCUGGUGGAGCAGCGCCACGGUGACCCACGCGCUCACGGCUCUGUUCGCCAUGGGCUCGUGGGUUUCCGUCAACAGUCUGUGGGUCGAGCUGCCGGUGGUUGUCCGUGUCCUGCCGGAAGGGUGGAACCUCCCUGCCUCCCUCUCAGUGCUCAUAGCGUUUGGGAACCUGGGUCCCAUAGCAGUGACGAUCACCCACCACUGUGCUCCGGGGCGUCUGAACGAGCGCCUGGUCAUCCACUGCAUCCAGCUGCUGGCCGUGGUGGCGUCCGCUCUCCUCGCCGUCUUCUGGUCACACACUGUCACGAUAGCGGGAGAGGAAAGGUCGCUGCCGUUCCUGCUCUUCACCUUCGUGCUGUCUCUGGUCUGCUGCACGUCCAACGUCACCUUCCUGCCUUUCAUGUUUCGUUACCCCCCCCAGUAUAUCCGUACGUUUUUCAUCGGUCAGGGCCUCAGCGCCUUGUUCCCGUGCAUCGUGGCCUUAGGACAAGGUGUUGGCAAGCUGGAGUGUAAAACGGUGAAUGGGACAGUGCAUCCAGAGUAUUUAGAAGAGAGCUUUCCCGUCCAGAACUUCUUCUGGUUCUUGUUUGUCAUGCUGUCGGUCUCGGCUGCAAGCUUCCUGGCUUUGACACGGAGGCAGGUGGAAUCGCCGCCCGACGAACCGCCACAGGCGUCAGACGCCGCGGAGGCGGUGAAGAACGGAGACGAGACGCACCCUCUGCGUAACGGAGGGACGCCGGUGUCUGAGGAGCAGGUGCAGGUGGAGGAGCAGCAGCCACCGGCUCAGACCUUCUGGACGUCACACAACAUCUACCUGCUGGCGCUGCUCGCCGUCUCCAACGCCCUCACCAACGGGGUCCUGCCAUCCGUGCAGAGUUUCUCCUGUCUGCCCUAUGGCAUCAUGACCUUUCACCUCUCCGUGGUCUUUGGCAACAUAGCAAACCCCGUGGCCUGCUUCCUGGCCAUGUUUUUUGUCCUCAGGACGGCCACAGGUCUGGGCUUCUUGUCCUUAGCGGGGGGAGUGUUCGCUGCAUAUCUCGUGGCGUUAGCAGCUCUCAGCCCCUGCCCUCCACUCCUGGGAAACCCUGCUGGCGUGGCUUUAGUGGUCGUCUCCUGGAUCAUCUUCACCGGCCUCUUCUCCUACCUGAAGGUGGUGAUUGGGACUUUGCUUCACGAGAAGGGUCACGCGGCCCUGCUGUGGUGUGGCAUCUUCAUCCAGGCCGGCUCCCUUAUCGGGGCGCUCAGCAUGUUCCCCCUGAUCAACGUCUACCACGUGUUCGCCAGUGCUCAGGACUGUGUGGAUAACUGCAUUAAACAGGAGAUAUUUAAUAACUCCAGUCUUUAUACGAACGGCUCCUGAGUGAAACAGCAGAUCUGCCUCGGCCUCAUUUCUACUGAGGAUCACGCCACCUACCUACGAGGCAUCCUCCCCUGACUCGAGGCCCCCGAGCCUGUGGGAAGUGAAAACACGAUAAUGGGAGCACUGUGUUUCUGCACGUUGACCGAGGGGAUGUAACACACGUAUGAUGCAGUUACACCACAAGGGCUUUGUGUGGUCUUUUAUAAUGAAUCACUGUAGUUGAAGUCGGAGCCACAGCUGCUGAUGGAAGUUUUCCCAUUUUGAUCAUGUGAAAAGUUAUUUACUCAGGGACACAAUAAUGAACUUGUUCGUCCACAUUUGCUAUUGAGUAUUGCGAAAGAUGCAAACUACUACAAGCGGUGCUUAUUGUUUUUAUUUCAUUUUCAAAUGUCCGACCUCAUCUUCCUACAUCUACAGGUCAGUGAGGCCGGAAUCAGUAUUACUAAAACUGUGACGCAGUAACUUCAGACAUACUCUUCAAAGAUGCUGUGACGUUUCUUCUUUCAAACAAUGUUUAACUUUGUUUUCUCGUAAUGUUUUAUGAAAUAGUUUUACAUGAUUUUGCUGGUUGUUCAUUCUGGGAUGUUCUGCCACCUGAAGGGAACAAUAUCUGUCCGUGAUGAAUAGCAAAGCAAUUAGUGAACGGUUUUGGGAAGCAAGGGAUUUUUAUCAAGUCAAUCUUUGAUAUGCAACGUGACCCUUGUGAGGUAAAUGUGUUACCUGACUACAGAACAGAUGUGUUCCUGCAUUAAACUAAAAGGAAAAGAUAACAUCUGUCAACCGUGCCUCAACUUUAUGGCUGAAAUCCUGUUUUUUUUUGUUUUUUAUCUUUUCAAUGAUAUAUCAGCUGUUUUUAUGUUAAUUUUUCACAAAUGUGGCCUUUUUGUUGUUGAUUUAAAAAAAAUGAUUGUAAUGGAAACAUACAUUGUGACAUUAAACGGCUGAUGUUGGUGAACAAAGA